UAGCAGGUACUUAAAAAUCCUCUUUUAAAUAUAAAUUUUAAACCUACCUACAAUAUUAGGUUUAGACUUAGGUAUACUUAUAUAAGUAUUUUUUUAUAUUUUUUAUAAGAUUUCUAUACUGAAAUAGAGCAACUACUAGAAGGGAUUAGUAAUAGUAAAAUAAAAAUUGUACUUGGAGACAUGAACGCCAAAAUAGGGAAAGAGAGGUCAUAUAGACCAACUAUUGGUACCCACAGUCUACACGACAUGACUAAUGACAAUGGCACAAAAAUUGUGGAUCUGGCUGUAGGGAAAGGUCUUAAAGUCAAGAGUACAAUGUUCCCGCAUAAGAACAUACAUAAAGGGACGUGGGUGUCGCCUGAUGGUAGGCACGUAAACCAAAUAGACCAUAUAUUAAUAAAUGAGAGAUUUGCCAAUAACAUAAUGGAUGUGAGAACAUACAGAGGAGCUGACUGCGACUCUGACCAUUUCCUAGUAGCUAGCAAACUUAGGGUUAAGCUAAAAACAAUGAGUAGGAAUGUGAGACCGGAAAUUGUCAGGUAUGAUGUUGAGAAACUCAGGGAUAGUAGGAAAGCUAAAGAGUUUCAAGAGAACUUACAGAAAAUGGCGCGAGAAUUUAACUCAAAUCAUGAAACAGUAGAUGAGCAAUGGAAAAUAAUUAAACAUACCCUUGGAAAUGUGUCGGAGAAAGUUUUAGGGAAAGCUCAUAGAACGAAGAAACCAUGGUUUAAUGUGAUAUGCCAAGAACCCCUGAAAAGAAGGAAAAUAGCAAGAGAAAGAUGGCUAAAUGAUGCUAGCAACCAGGAAAUAGAAAGAAUCUUUAGAGCUAAAAGGAAAGAAGCCCAUAACAUUUUUAGAUGUGAAAAGAGAAAGUAUGUUCAAAAUGUAAUAAGGGAGGCAGAACAAGAUUACAGAUCACACAAUACACGGCAGCUAUAUCACAAGGUAAAUAGCUUUAAAGGCGGAUGUAGAAAACAAGAAAAAUUUCUGAAAAAGGACUGUGGAAGCCUAGUGACGAACCAGGAAGAAAUAAUGGAGAAAUGGGCAGAAUACUUUGAAAAGCUACUCAAUUGUGAAGUACCAGUUGAUACAUUUACAUAUGGACAAAACGAACCCAAUGAUGACCUCUGCCCACCCCCGUCAAAGGAAGAAAUCGAACAACAGAUCAAAAGACUCAAAAACCACAAGUCACCCGGGGAAGAUGACCUUCAAGGGGAAAUUCUAAAGCAUGCGGACAGCUUCAUGAUAGAGAAUAUAUACUUGUUAAUAAAAGAAGUGUGGGAGACGGAAAUUUUACCGACAGAUUGGAGAGUAGCAUAUAUAUGCCCAAUACACAAAAAAGGCGACAAACAAGUCUGUAGUAACUAUAGAGGAAUAGCAUUGCUAGAUACAACAUAUAAGGUAUUAUCAUAUUGCAUCCUGGAUAGAAUUAAACCUCUGGCCGAACAAGUGGUGGGGGACUAUCAAUGUAGAUUCAGGCAAAAUAGGUCAACGACAGACCAGAUAUUUAUAGUCAGGCAGUUAUUCCAGAAGAGCUGGGAAUAUAAUAAGGAACUCCAUGCUAUCUUCGUUGAUUUUCAAAAGGCAUAUGACAGUAUAGAUAGAACUAACAUAACCGAAAUUUUGAAGCAUUUCCACUUCCCAAGGAAAAUAGUUCAUUUAGUUGAAGCUAGUUUAAGACAGACUAAAGUCAAAGUCAAAGUAGGAAACGCGACAUCGAGGAUGGUGGAGGUAAGAACCGGACUUAGACAGGGGGAUGCCUUAUCGCCAGUACUUUUUAAUUUAGUAUUAGAGAAGGUGAUCCGAGAAAUAAAUAUUGGAAGAGAUGAAGGAGUAAGAAUGGAUAGAACUUGCUUAAGUCUGCUCGCCUACGCGGACGAUAUAGUCUUGCUAGGGGAAGAGGAACAAAAAGUGGUAGAAUUAUGCGGCAGGUUAAUAGAAUCGGCAAAGAAGGUAGGGCUACAUCUCAACAUAGAGAAAACACAGUACAUGAAAGUUAGUAAGGAACUAGAUAACCUUCAGGUAAUCGAAACCAUAACAGUUGGUCAGUACAAGUUCAAAAAAGUGGAAGAGUUCAAAUACCUGGGCACGAUUCUAACACAGAAAAAUGAAUGUCAAAUCGAAAUUCAACAAAGAAUAAAAAUGGGAAAUAAAUGCUUCUAUGCACUUGGUAAACUACUAAGCUCGAAAGUCCUGUCAAAAGAGGUUAAGACUCAGCUGUACUUGACAAUCAUACGACCAAUAGUCAUGUAUGGUUCACAAUGCUGGACGUUACGAAAGACUGAGGAGGACAGAUUAGCGGUUUUUGAGAGGAAGGUACUUCGUAAAAUAUAUGGACCUAUAUAUGACCAAGUUUUUCAAGGAUGGAGAAAAAGGCAUAAUCAAGAACUGACGGAGCUUUUCAAUAGACCAAAUAUUAUAAACGAGAUCAAGCGGAGUAAGCUGGAAUGGGCAGGCCACGCAGUUAGGAAGCAAGAUUCAAUGGUUCUCAAAGGGUACUCCAAGAAAACCCAAGGAAAAAAAGACCACUGGGNGGCAAGAUGGUCUCAAAGGCCUUAA